AUGGCGAGUUGCUCGUUCACUCGCGACCAAGCGACAAGGAGACUGAGAGCUGCAGCAGCGGCGACAGCGGCAGCUCUAGCAGCAGUGGCGACCACCCCGGUUCUUUCGUCCGGAACCCCAACCGCACUCAUUGGGACCGGGUCAUCUUGUCCGGGAGCCAUGUGGCUCUCUCCAGCCACUGGUUCCCGGUCAGACUCGGAGUCGGAGGAAGAGGACCUCCCCGUCGGGGACGAAGUCUGCAAACGCGGCUACCUGCGGAAGCAGAAGCAUGGGCACCGGCGUUACUUCGUCCUCAAACUCGAGACCGCCGAUGCCCCAGCUCGGCUGGAAUACUACGAAAAUGCCAGGAAGUUCAGGCACAGUGUCCGCGCCGCGGCGGCUGCAGCAGCGGCCGCUGCCUCGGGUGCGGCGGUGCCCGCGCUCAUCCCACCGCGGCGCGUGAUCACCCUGUACCAGUGCUUCUCGGUGAGCCAGCGAGCUGAUGCCAGAUACCGUCACCUCAUUGCCCUUUUCACCCAAGACGAGUACUUCGCCAUGGUGGCCGAAAACGAGUCGGAGCAAGAAAGCUGGUACUUGCUGCUCAGCCGCCUCAUCCUCGAGAGCAAGCGCCGCCGCUGCGGCACGCUCAGCGCGCAGCCGGAUGGAGAGCCGGCCCCGCUGGCGGCGGUAGCGGCGGCGGAGCCACCAUUCUACAAAGAUGUGUGGCAGGUAGUAGUGAAACCCAGGGGGCUGGGGCACAGAAAAGAGCUGAGCGGCGUGUUCCGGCUGUGUCUUACCGACGAAGAGGUGGUGUUUGUGAGGCUGAACACCGACGUGGCCAGCGUGGUCGUCCAGCUCCUGAGCAUCCGUCGCUGCGGACACUCGGAGCAGUAUUUCUUCUUAGAAGUCGGCAGGUCCACCGUCAUCGGUCCGGGGGAGCUGUGGAUGCAGGUCGAUGACUGUGUGGUGGCCCAAAACAUGCAUGAGCUGUUUCUGGAGAAGAUGAGAGCUUUGUGUGCAGACGAAUACAGAGCCCGCUGCCGCAGCUACAGCAUCAGUAUUGGCGCCCACCUGUUAACCCUGCUGUCCGCUAGGAGGCACCUGGGCUUGCUGCCGCUCGAGCCCGGAGGCUGGCUCCGAAGGUCCCGUUUUGAACAGUUUUACCACCUCAGGGCCAUUGGUGACGGGGAAGAGGAGACGGUCUUUACCAGGCGCCUCAUAACACCCAGCGAGCCCGCGCCUCCCUCCAGGCGAGGAAGGCAGCACCUGCCCAGAGCGCGCAGGUCCAGGAGAGCCAUCUCAGUGCCAGCCAGCUUUUUCCGCCGCUUAGAACCCAGUCCGGUACGUGACCUGCACCCUGACGAAACCCCAGGUGAUGAAGCUGGUGAAGCCUCCGGCUCGGGCAACUCUGGGGGGAAAAACAAACCUCGAGGCAAAGAUAAAGAGGAAGGAAGUGAAGGCGACUACAUGCCAAUGAACAAUUGGGGCUCAGGAAAUGGCCGGGGCUCAGGAGGUGGCCAAGGCUCAAGUGGCCAAGGCUCCAGUAGCCAGAGUUCUGGAGGAAACCAGUGCGCAGGAGGGAGGCAGGGAUCUGGAGGAGGCCAUGGCUCAAGUGGUGGCCAGGGAUCUGGAGGUGGCCAGGGCUCCGGAGGAAACCAGUGUUCAGGAGAGGGUCAGGGCACUGCAGGUGGCCAGGGCUCAGGCGGCAGCCAGGGAUCUGGAGGUGGCCAUGGCUCAGGAGGUGGCCAGGGACCGAGAGAUGGGCAUGGCUCAGGCAGUGGCAAGAACUCUGGAGGGGGCAAAGGCUCUGGAAGUGGAAAAAGCUCAGAUGGUGAUGAUGAUCGUGGAAAAUCUCUCAAGAAAAGGUCCUAUUUUGGCAAAUUAACUCAAAGCAAGCAACAGCAAAUGUUGCCUCCACCCCCACCUCCACCCCCGCCUCCCCCACCAGCUGGAGCAACUGGUGGGAAAGGGAAAUCUGGGGGAAGAUUCCGACUUUAUUUUUGUGCUGACAGAGGGGCCACAAAAGAACGCAAGGAAGUCAAGGAAACAAGAGAUACAGAGACCCCAGAAGGUGCAGCUCGGGCACCCUACAGACCCAGAGCUUUUGAUGAGGAUGAAGAUGACCCAUACGUUCCAAUGAGGCCAGGGGUGGCUGCUCCUCUCGCAAGUUCCAGCGAUUAUAUGCCAAUGGCUCCUCAAAAUGUCUCUGCUUCAAAAAAGCGCCAUUCUAGAUCACCUUUUGAGGAUUCACGAGGAUACAUGAUGAUGUUUCCCAGAGUGAGCCCACCGCCUGCCCCAAGUCCUCCAAGAGCACCUGAUGAUCCUAAUAAAGAGGAUGACUCAAAGGACAAUGACAGUGACAGUGACUACAUGUUUAUGGCUCCAGGAGCAGGUGCAAUUCCCAAAAACCCGCGAAACCCUCAGGGCGGCUCUUCCUCCAAAAGUUGGAGCUCCUACUUCUCUCUACCAAAUCCUUUUCAGAGCUCACCCUUAGGACAAAGUGACCACAGUGAGUAUGUACCAAUGCUACCUGGAAAGUACCUGGGGAAGGGUCUAGACAAAGAAACCUCUUCCAACAAGGGGCCCAAAGAUGCACCUUCAAAACCUUCAGCUCAAGGGUCAUUCUCAAAGCCUAGAGAUGGGGGGUCAUCUUUAAAACCUUCAGAUGAUGAGCCCCCUCAAAACAAGGCUAAGAGACCAAGCCGUCUUUCUUUUAUUACAAAAGGAAAUAAAAUCAAGCCCAAACCACAAAAGUCCACACGUGAGCUGAGAGAAACUGACAGGGCCAGUGCUUAUGUCAACAUUGACUUCACUAAAAGAGAUAGGAAUUUGCCAGCCCCUUUUGCUCAAGCACUGCCAAAUUCGUGGGGCAUAAUUGCUGGCCCCAGACACUCAGCUUUUUCAAAUUAUUUCAGUGUUCGACUUGGAGUGCCAUUUCCAAAUCCAGCAAGUCGCCUCUCAGAUCUUUUAAGAGCUAUACCAGGUGCCAACCCCUUCUCUCUGGAUGGUGCUAGGUGGCCACAUCCUUCUAUUCCUGUCAGUGCUCCAGGUAGCAAUGCCAAUGUGGAAGAGGGUGACUACAUUGAAGUAAUUUUCAAUCCAGCAAUGACACCACCUGUGCCUUUUGCUGACCGUACCAUUCGCUAUGAUGCUGAAACAGGUCGAAUCUACGUAGUUGACCCCUUUUCUGAGUGCUGUAUGGACAUUUCUCUCUCUCCUAGCCGAAGCGCAGAGCCAACACCUGUAGCUAGACUGCUGCUGGAGGAAGUGCAUGAGAGUGAACGCCCACAAAGCCGCUCUCAAAGUUUCUUUUUAGCCGCUAGAGCCGCUGUCUCGGCUUUCCCUAUUGACAACCCGGAGAGAGACCUUGCCGCAGCCUCGGCGGCUGCUCGGGCAACCAUACCACCUUUAGCCUUGGGCCAAGCGAUAGCUGCGGCCUCCGCGCUCGCGGCGGCGCCGGGCAUGGGCGCAGCCGCCGCGGGCUUGGAGGCCGCUGCUGGAUUUGACUCCGCCUCCACCCGCUGGUUCCAACCUGUUGCUAAUGUGGUUGAGGCCGAGGCAGUAAACCGGGCUCAGAGCAUGGCUCGGGGCUCGAAUCCUGGAGCCCCAAACCCAGCUGCUGAUCUUGCAGGAGGUGAGAACGUGGCUGGUGGAGCUGCGGCUGCAGCUGCUGCACCACGGCCACCGCCACCGCCACCUCGCCACGGGCGGGUACCGAGGCCCCCUCAGAGGGCAGAUUCUGACAACAACGACAAUGAUGACGACGAAGCCACUUACAUGCGAAUGGACUAUGCCAGACGUGACCCCAAUAAAUUCGACUCUCCGAAAAGAGGUUGGUAA